AUGACUGGAAGUUCGGAUCGGGCGAGGGAUGGUAUAUUAGAUCAACCAAAAAGUCCUCACGAGAUCUCCAAAUGUGGGCAUGCCAAACAUCCCAGCAAAGAAAAAGAAGAAGAGAACAAUCUAUCGGGGCGGUUCCACCUCCUCCUUCGUGUUUCUCUUCUUCAUCUGGAGCUUGCAAAACGGCCCCCAAAGAGUCGCACCUUCCCCCCACCCCCGGCCUUCCCGGCAAAGGUGACGAGCAUGAGUGAGAUGAACUACAUCGCACUCUCACCGCCAACCGCUCGGUCGGCCGGCAGGUCUUCCCCCAGAUUUGGUUGUCCAAUUUCGAAGCAGUGUGGCCUUGUAAGUAAGAUGAGAUAG